AUGGGUUGGUUCGACGGUAAAUCCAGCGCCGUUUCAUCCUCAGGAUACGUGCGACGACGGUCCUCACCAACACCCAGCUCGCACAGCACACACAGCAGACGCAGCAAAUCCGGCUACUCCUCCACGCACCAUACGCGACACUCAGCGCCAUCUUUCUUUGGCGGGUUCGGCGGCAGUCGAGCAGGAGGCCGAUCAAGCCCAUCUGUGUUCUCGUCGUUCUCGUCUUCGUCGCGACGGGCCCGUCCCCGUGAGGGAUUUGUCCAGCGCAUGCUCCGCGACAUCAAGCGUCUCUUCCGCGAUAUCUAUCGCUGGGCCCGUCGAAACCCCAUGAAGGUCUUUAUGAUGGUUAUUGUGCCGCUCCUGACUAGCGGUGUGCUGCCGAAGCUGCUUGCUAUGAUUGGCAUUCGCUUGCCGCAUGCUGUUACCAGUGCCCUUGGUGGUGCGUCGAAGCCUCGUGGUGCUGGUGGUUUCGAGGGUAUGGGUGGUGGUGGUGGUGGUGGUGGUGGUGGUGGUAGGGGUAUGUCGGAGAACAUUAGCAGUCUCAUGAACAUUGCCAAGAUGUUUGCGUAG